CUCAGAAUGGAGCUGACUCCCAAACUUCUAGCUGGACUAAUCCUGCUGACUUUCUGUGUGGUGGGUUGCUCUGGUCAACACUGGUCCUAUGGGCUGCGCCCUGGAGGAAAGAGAAAUGCUGAGAAUGUGGUUGAUUCUUUCCAAGAGAUAGCCAAAGAGGUCGAUCAGCCAGUAGAACCUAAGCGCUGUGGGUGCAUUGUUCACCAGUCCCAUUCUCCUCUGAGGGACCUGAAAGAAGCUCUGGAAAGUCUGAUUGAAGAGGAAACUGGGCAGAGGAAAAUAUAA